CGAUUGCAAGUAAGUCGCACUCGUCUCUCGGUAAUACACGUACUUUGCCGGGAUUUAUUGAUAUUAGUAGCGAGAUAUGUGUGCCACUCUUCUAUUGGCAUUGGUGGUCGUUUAUUCCGACUGCAUACGUGCCGUGCAAGGUGACACAUCUUGUAUCGCAUUAUCUGGUACAUGUCAAGAAGACAACAUAAUAUGUAAUAAUGGCGAUUAUCAGACUGGCCUUUGUUCGGGUCAUGCUCACAGAAGAUGUUGUGUACCUGGACCGGACCACCAAUGUCUGAGCUUGGGAGGUACGUGCCAAAACGAUGAUUUAUUUUGUGCCGGAAACUUCACAUCUAACUUAUGCGGAGGGAUUGCGACUAGAAGAUGCUGUGUUCCCCCAGAACCUUGUGCAAAUUAUAACGUUGAUGGCGACAUUGAACGUUUCUGUGCUGGUAACUUCCAAGUCGUUCCAGAACAGAAUAUUGAAGUAACAUUUCGUUUGUACACUCGUGCGACACCUGAUGGUGAUAUCGUUACUCAACCUACUAGACAGUUACAUGGAAGUUAUAUUCAAGGGAUGCCAACAAAGUUCAUUGUCCAUGGCUACAGAGACAAAGCCACUAAACCUUGGGUUACUGAUAUGGUAAAAGAGUUGCUAGAAGUUGACAAUUGUAAUGUGAUAACUGUUGACUGGCAUGAAGCUGCAAAAACGAUUCCAAAUCGAAGUACAUAUAACCAGGCUUCUAGUAACACCAGAAUAGUCGCAAGCUGGGUGAAACGAUUUAUAGCUUUUUUGAAGAUAAGUGUCGGGGACACAGUUUUCACGGAUAUCCACCUCAUUGGACACAGCUUAGGGUCUCAGAUAUGCGGUAUGGUUGGAAAAUGGAUAACAGAUAAGACAUGUGGAGGUCAACCGUGUAGAAUCAGUCGGAUUACAGCAUUGGACCCAGCGCGUCCUAACUUUUUGGAACCAACAGGCAAUAAUAGGCCUCCAAGUCAAUACUGUGUACAGAGAGGAGAUGCAAUGUUUGUAGAUGUCAUACACACUGAUGCCACAGAAGAAAAGGAUGAAUCUGAUAGUAUAACUAAUACGUUUGGAAUUUUUCGGGCUUUGGGUGAUGCUGACUUUUACCCAAAUGGGGGUAACAAACAACCUGGCUGUAAUGUUUAUUGUGACCAUGGCCGAGCUGUAGAAUUGUUUACAGCUUCAAUAAAUUCUCGCUGUAGCUUUAUCGCAGACACGUGCAACACACUUGGAGCUCUCAGGGCUGAAAGUUGCACAAUUUGCACAUCACCGCCCUGCCAAAGAAUGGGUUAUCACGCGUCUCCCACACACACGCCAUCAAUGUAUUUCCUAACUACCACAAGCAAAGAACCAUUCUGCGCUCAUACGCUUGGGUGUUACGAAGACAGAUCGUUAUCACCAGACAUGGACCACAAAUCAUCGUCGGUAAUUACAUCGGUUGACAUAUGCCUAUCUUACUGCCGAGCAAGAGCAUAUAUGUAUGCAGGACUCCAGUACACCUCGUCUCAGUUGAGUUGUUGGUGUGGGGACACGUAUGGAAAAUAUGGAGAAGUUGAUGCGUCCAAGUGCACUCACAAGUGUCGCGAUUCUGUUAAAGGAAUAACUUGCGGUGGACAUUUACAUAAUUCAGUUUACGAAACAGGUUAUAUUGGUUGUGUGGAUAGUUCAGCUUUUUCUGUCAUGGAGAAGUGGACUGAACCAAACACAAUCUGCCCACACUAUUGCUUGGCUAAGUGCACCAAAGAAGGGUACGAGUAUGCUGGCUUGUCUAAAGGAGACACGUGUUCUUGUGGAAACGAUCAACAGUUUAGUAAUCUAGUUUCAAGGUCACGGUGUCUGACUGCUUGUACAGGUCGCAGUGACGGUGUAGUAUGUGGCGGAGGGACUGAAAUGGCCGUAAUACGCACAGGCAUCGAAAGCACCUGCAUACAAUUAGCUCUGGAAGGGGACUGCGAUUUUUUCAAAUGUUUUAGCGAACGACAUAGUACGUGUUCCAAAUAUGACAUCGGGGGCGUGCUUUACAGCAGAUGCCAGGGACUAGCCCAAUCGAUCCGCUACAUAUUGUCUGACCGUAAAGAAAUAUUUAAGUGUGUUGCCUUGAAGAUGUUGGCUGAAUAUAAACAGUUGGAACAGACAUAUAGUACUACAAAAUGCAAACAGAUGUACAAGGACGGGAAAAAGCACUACAAGUCAUGUGCGAAAGAGCCCAACCAGUCAAAUAAACGCCGAUCAGCCUCAUCUGAGGAAAAUAGCUUUUUUGAUCGCCUGAAAGAUUCCGACAACUUAGACGACUAUAAAGCGAGCAUAGAUGAUUUGAUUGCUGCAGUAGAAUCGGAUCCGGAGAGCCUGCUUUUGGAAUUUAUGCAGGAAGAGGUAGAGGAACUGACUCUGUAUUUCCAUCGCAGUGGUUUCCAUACCCAUGACGACGUUUUACAAACAAUGGUGGAUGCAAUUGAAAUGAAAAUGGUGGAAGGAGCCUCUUCAAUCAAUUCUAAAUCUAGUAGUGGCGAUUCCUGUGAGGAUUUAGCCACCGGUGGUAAUUGUGCCUUCUUCGAUUGCUUUGAAAAACGGUUUCCGUGUGGUCCAUCGGGAUUUGCUCUCUCCUUUGGAAAGAUUUAUUGUGAACAAGAAAACAAAUACAAAAACUACCUGAAAGCUACUGGCGGCAUAUCCAUGCAGAGUGUUCAGACUUGUGUGAUGAACGCUAUAUUGACAGAAUACCAGAAAGACGAGAACACUUGUAAAGGAAUCGAACUCACCAUGAUCGCCGCUUACCGCGACUGUUAUGGUCAAUACUUGAAUUGUGACUUCGUACGAGAUAAUCAGUUCCAAUUGACAAACAUCUAUGCUCUACCACAACUAUCAAGUACAACGUUACAAGAUGUAGCUAAAAGUCUCGUAGUGACCACAUUGUGUGAUAACCACGGCUCUACUCUUUACUCAAUCAUAGAUAAUGUAAAAUUCUUGAUAAACUAGAAUAUUAAGUUUUAAUACGGUGUACAUAAUGCUUAGCUGCUUCCAUACCCGACACGGUAUGAUGAUAUAUUUUGUGGCAUAGAUUUUGUUUUGUAGGUAUUAAAACAAGUACAGCAAUGCUGGUGCAUACAAUAUUCCCAUAUUAAUCAUGUAUAUUAUACACAGAAAAUUCCCAAAUAUUAUAAAGCAUCCCUACUUCGGUAAUCUGUUAACAACUCACGACACCUCUCAGCGGGGAUAGUGAAUAUUAAUAUAAUAAUCAAGAUUUAUUGUUAUUACAAUCAAAUUUCGCGACGUUGUAUUUGAUGAAUUUUCACAGCAGAAUUUAUCUGUGCAUCUGUUAUAUUUGAUCACGAAAUAAAUGAAUGUCAACUAUUUAA